GAUAAAAUACCAAGUCCAACAGACAGCAACUUAGUUUACUCCGCCACUCCAACGGAUCUCUCGAAGCUCAACACCAUAACACACUUCGCUUAGCUCUCUCUCUCUCUCUCUCUAUACUAUACUAUACCUCUCCCCUUCCCCUCAAUUUCUCCCAAUAAACCUCCCUGCCUAUCUCCAAAUGCAAUCCGCGAUUUCUUUCUCCGCUUCGGCUGCGCCGGUGCCAAGAUCGGACUGCGCCGCCGCAGUCCCCAGCUCCGUGGCGCCACGAUCCCUGCGCUUCUGCGGUCUCAGGAGGGAAGCAUUCGGAGCCAAGUCGUUGAGCUCGUCGCUGCGUUCAACUCGAUUCAGCUCCUCUUGCUUGAGACGCUCGCAUUCCGGGAGGGUGUCGGCCUCGUUGGGAAAUGGCACUCCGUCUAAUAGUGGAUUUGAUUAUGAUUUGUUGAUUAUUGGCGCUGGUGUUGGUGGUCAUGGUGCUGCUCUUCAUGCCGUCGAGAAGGGCUUAAAAACUGCCAUUGUUGAAGGGGAUGUAGUUGGAGGAACAUGUGUGAAUAGGGGUUGCGUUCCUUCUAAAGCCCUUCUAGCAGUAAGUGGUCGCAUGCGGGAGCUUCAGAAUGAACACCACAUGAAGUCUUUUGGUUUACAGGUUGCUGCUGCUGGAUAUGACAGACAAGCAGUUGCUGAUCAUGCGAAUAACUUGGCAUCAAAAAUUAGAAGUAACUUGACCAACUCAUUAAAAGCUCUUGGUGUUGAUAUAUUGACAGGAGUUGGUACAGUCUUGGGUCCACAAAAAGUGAAGAUUGGGUCUGGAGAUACUGUAGUAACAGCAAAAGAUAUUAUUAUUGCUACAGGUUCUGUCCCCUUUGUGCCAAAAGGAAUUGAAGUUGAUGGUAAGACUGUAAUAACCAGUGACCAUGCACUCAAAUUGGAAUUUGUUCCGGAGUGGAUUGCUAUUGUUGGAAGUGGCUAUAUUGGACUUGAAUUUAGUGACGUGUACACAGCACUUGGAAGUGAGGUGACAUUUAUUGAAGCUUUAGAUCAGCUCAUGCCUGGGUUUGAUCCUGAAAUCGGGAAGUUGGCACAGAGAAUUCUCAUCAAUCCUCGGAACAUUGAUUAUCAUACUGGUGUAUUUGCCAGCAAGAUUACGCCAGCCAAGGAUGGAAAACCAGUGACCAUUGAACUUAUUGAUGCAAAGACAAAGGAACCAAAGGAUACUCUAGAGGUGGAUGCAGCUCUUAUUGCAACUGGAAGGGCUCCUUUUACACAAGGACUUGGUUUGGAAAAUAUUAAUGUUCAAACAGUACGUGGAUUUGUUCCAGUUGAUGAGCGCAUGCGAGUCCUUGAUGCAAAUGGGGAAUUGGUUCCUCACUUGUACUGCAUUGGUGAUGCAAAUGGAAAAAUGAUGCUUGCUCAUGCGGCCAGUGCACAAGGGAUAUCUGUUGUUGAGCAAGUUAGUGGGAAGGACCAUGUGCUGAACCAUUUAAGCAUUCCAGCAGCAUGCUUUACUCAUCCUGAAAUCAGUAUGGUUGGACUGACAGAGCCUCAGGCAAGGGAAAAGGCUGAGAAGGAAGGAUUUGAAAUCAGUGUUGCAAAGACUAACUUUAAGGCUAACACAAAAGCUCUAGCUGAGAAUGAAGGGGAAGGACUUGCGAAGUUGAUAUAUAGGCCCGACAAUGGGGAGAUCCUUGGAGUUCAUAUCAUUGGAUUGCAUGCUGCAGACCUCAUCCAUGAAGCAUCCAAUGCCAUAGCUAUGGGGACACGCAUACAGGAUAUUAAAUUUGCUGUUCAUGCACAUCCUACUUUGUCAGAGGUGAUUGAUGAACUCUUUAAAUCAGCUAAGGUUAAAGUUGAGACUUCUAGCCCAGUUAGUGAGCCAGUUGCUGUCUAAAGCACCGUAGCCAAUGCCACAUAAUUUAGCGUGAUAAAUCACAUCGGCUUUUCAUAAUCGAUUCAUUAAGGUUACUUGUCUUCAUAGUACAAAGAAUGUUAACUAUUCACUUUUUGUGUCAUAUCUCUUGUAUACUGGGUUUCCUUGCUCAGUUGGAAGUGAAAAAAGUUCAGUUUUGUUUCAUUGUAGCCUGCCAUUGAGUAUGUUGUGUAGUUAAUCUUAUUGGAUUUGAAAAUGAGUGAAUAUAUAAAAAUAAGUGGUGAUUUUCUCAUUGAAA